AUGUCCAUUAGAAACCCAAGUUUUAAUUGGGAAAAAUUGAAUAACCAAUUCUAUAGAUUAAGAUCAAUCAAUAACGAUUUUCAAUGGCCUACUAAUACUACUGAUUUUCCAUCCUAUCAAAUAUAUGUUUCCACUACUCUUGUAGCAAUCUAUUCUAAACUCGAUAAUCAUAUUCAAAUAUUGGAUCAUCAUUCCACUCCUCUAUUCAAUUUAAACACUUCUAUUUUCGGCACUGUAAUCUCUUUACAAUUUAAUCAUAAUAAUGAAAAUUUAAUAAUUAUUACAAAUGAUUCCAUUCAUCAAAUUAAAAAUUGGACUCCUUUAGAAUAUACUUCAAUUUCAUUACCUUUAUCUUUAAACGAUUCGAUAUGGGAUUUUAAAAAAAAUUAUUUCAUCUUAAAAGAAUCCCAAAAUAUUUAUUUCUAUAACGAUAUACAAAAUUCAAUUGAAUUAAUAUUUACAAACAAAGAUCAAUCUUCCCUCUCCCCAAAUUUUGUUUUAUUUAAAAAAAAUCAUUGGCAAUUAAAUAAUGAAAAAAUAGUAUUAAUUGAUAAUUCAAAUGAUUUGAAAACAAGUUUAAAGGAAUUGAAUUUACUAGAUAAAAAAUUUACUACGAUUAAAAAAUUGAAAAAUUUCCCAAAUUUGAAUUGGCAUAAUUUAAUACUUUCAAAUUCAACUCCAAAUAAUUUAGCUUUAUUUAAUGCUAAUUUAAAUAAAUUAUUAAUCCUAGAUCAUAAUUAUAAUGAAUUAUCCCAAUUAAAUUUAAACAAGCUACCCAAUGAUAUAAUAUGGUUAAAUCAUAAUACAAUAAUUUGUUCUUUUAUAAAUGAUGAUGGUGGUGAUAAUGAUUUAAUCAAACUUUAUUCAAUAGACAAUAAUAAUAGCAAUUCCAUUAAUUUUUAUUUAAAUUCAAACAUUUUAGCUUGGCAUUUGGAAGUUGAUGGCUUAAAAAUAUUUACAAGUAAUUCCAUUGAAUUCCUAUCUCUAGUACAAAAUUAUACUUCAAAUUGUUUUAAAAUUGGGUCCAUUGAACAUUCUGCAAUUUUAUUAGAUUCUUUAAACAUUUUAAAUACUAAUGCUCCCAAAGCAAUUGAAAAUUUAAAAAUUAUUAAUUUAAAUUUAGCCAUAUUAGAUUGUAUUAAUUCUGCCAAAGAUGAAUUCGAUCCAUUUUUACAAAAAAAAUUAUUAAAUGCUGCAUCAUUUGGUAAAUCUUCUUUAUCAAUUAAAAAUUUUGAUUCAAAUUUAUUCAUAAAGGCAUGUGAUAUAAUAAAAUUAUUGAAUCAAUUGAAUAAUUUAGGUAUUAUAUUAACUUAUAAUCAAUUUAAUUCAAUUGGUUUAGAGAAUUGUAUUAAAAAAUUAAUUCAAAGGAAUAAAUAUUAUGAAUCCUUUUUAAUCAUUAAAGAUUUAAAUUUUAAUUCAAAUUUUUUAAAUUUAAAUUUAGAAAAAUUUAAUCAUUUAAUUAAUUUAAUUUUUAAAAAUUGGUCAAUAAAUAAAAUUAAAAAUUCUAAAGAUUUAAAUGAUGAUGAAAUUUUUAAAAUCUUAAAUCAAAGAUUGUUAAUUAUUGAAAAAAAUUAUUUUAAAGAUUCAAAUUUAUCUUCAUUAUCAAUGAUUGAAAUUGCACAUGCUGCUUAUUUAGAAGGUAGAUUUAAUUUAACAAGAAAUUUAUCUUUAUUAGAAAAAAGACCAGAAUAUAAAAUUAUGGAAUUAUUAGAAUUAAAUGAUCAUCAAUUGGCUUUAAAAGAAUCUUUAAUUACUCAAUCUCCACAAUUAAUUUUAUCAUUAUUAUUAAAAUUAUCCAAAAUUUUAUCAAAUGUUCAAUUAAUUAAAUUAAUAAUGUUAAAUAUUUCAAAUGAGAAUAUUUAUCAAUACUAUAAUAAAGAAAAUCAUGAAUAUCUGUUUGAUUUUUAUAGACAAAUUGAUUCUUUUAAAGAUUUAUCAAUAUUAAUUUUUAUUGAUAGUAAAAAAAAAGAUCAAUUAAAUGUAUUUUUAUCACAAAUUAAAGAUUUAUAUUCAAACUCAAUUGAUAAGAAAAAAUAUUUUAUUAAUGAUUUGAUUAAACAAGAAAAUUUAUUUGAAUAUCAAACUAAUUUAUCAUCUAAAUUAAAUUUUAAUUUUGUUAAUUUAACUAUUAAUGAAACUUUGAAAAAAUUAAUUGAAUUAAAUCAAAAUAAUGAAAUUAAUGAAUUUAUUAGAAAAUUUAAAAUUAAUGAAAAAAAAUUUCUUCAUUUAAAGAUUCAGAAAUUAAUUGAAUUGAAAAAUUUUAAUCAAUUAUACCAAUUUAUUACAUCUUUUAAAAAACCACCAAUUAAUUAUUUAAUCGUUUAUAACUAUAUUAAACGUUCAGGUAAUAAAUUAGAAGCAUCAAAAUAUAUUAAAUUAAUGGGUGCUAAUAAUGGUAAUAAUAAUAAUGGUAAACCUAUUUCCUAUGAUCAAAUGAAGCAAAUGUACUUGGAUUGUAAAAAUUAUGAAGAAUUAAUUUAUUUAUGUCUGAAACAAAAAGAUAUAAUUGGUUUAAAGGAUUUAUAUAAAAUUAUACCACCAAAUCAAGUUGAAAUAAGAAAAUUGGCUCAUGAUACGAUGGCACUAAUGUAG